AUGGAGCCGGUCGGCGUGUUCGUGGCGAUACUGUGCAUGGCGAAGGAGGUGGAGAGGCGGGCGAUGAUCAGACGUUCGUAUGAGUCGAUGAGAUUGCAAGGGGAUAGAGAAGGGAUGGCGGCUGUGAGGGUCAAAUUCUUCUCGGGGAGGCCGAGGAAUGCCGCCGAGGAGGAAGAGGUGAAGGCGGAAAUGGAAGCAUACGACGACCUCAUCAUCCUGCCGAUAACCGAGAAUCUCAACCAGGGCAAGACGUUCUCGGUCUUCGAACGGGCAGCCAAAAAUGCCAGGGUCCCAUCCUGUACCUUCAAACGUACAUCGAACUCCGGCUGGUCAGCCGAAUGCGCAGGCGAGAGAGCGCCAGACUACGUCUUCAAGGCGGACAUGGACACCUUCCUCGUGCUGCCCGAGCUGGAACGGCGGAUGCGCAUCAUGCCCCGGUCAAAGCUGUAUUGGGGACGUGAGCACCCCCUAUUUUUCCGGUUCGGGGCGGGGUACGGCCUGAGCUUCGACCUCGUCCAAUACAUCGCCGAAUCCCCGUUCGUCCGAUCGCAUCUCCGCGGACAGGAGGAUCAGCGUGUCGGCGAUUGGCUACGCGCACAUCCGGAAGCGAAUAGGGUGGUAUGGCUGACAGAGGAGUGUUGGAUGUAUGAUCAUCCCAAAGCAGCUCAACCCUGGACCCACGGUUUCAUCUUUCCCGAUACGAUCCGUGCGCUGAAUCAAGAUACCGCACAGGAUCUCACCCCGCCGUGGGUCUCGGGAGAGGAGCUGGAACGCUGGUCGACUACCUCCCCCUCGCAUGCGAGCUACGCACCGGUGACGACAAACCUUACACACGACCAAUCCGCAGAAUCGCUCGUUGAGGGAUCGAAGCUCUCCCUCUUACACGCCCAUAAUCUCCAGGACCCUCUCAACGACGAUGAGCGAUCCCGCCGAAUAGCGGAGGCGUGGGCGGGAAGACCAACGAGGGAGGACCGGAUGGCAGGCUGGGAAACAGGAUCGACGAUUUGGGUACAUUCAGUCAAGAAGGAUGAGUGGUGGCGCGAUGCCGAGGCGGUACUUUUGGGUAAUUAG